GGUUGGCGGGGGCGGGUCUGAGGGGUAUCCGGGAGGAGACCCCAUGAAAGGCCCGUGUGGGGACUAGGAAGAGGACGAUUGGUGGUGUGUCGGUGCUCUCGUGGAUACUCCGUAGUAUCCAUCUCUCCACCCUGGGGCCAUAUCCUUCUGGUGAGGGAAGGAGGUGCUCCAGCAUGGCUGAGGAGAAGAAGUUGAAGCUCAGUAAUACCGUGCUGCCCUCGGAGUCAAUGAAGGUUGUGGCUGAAUCAAUGGGCAUUGCCCAGAUUCAGGAGGAGACCUGCCAGCUACUAACGGAUGAGGUCAGCUACCGUAUCAAGGAGAUUGCACAGGAUGCCUUGAAGUUCAUGCACAUGGGGAAGCGGCAGAAGCUCACCACCAGUGAUAUUGACUAUGCGCUGAAGCUAAAGAACGUUGAGCCACUCUAUGGUUUCCAUGCUCAGGAAUUCAUUCCUUUCCGUUUUGCCUCUGGUGGGGGUCGGGAGCUUUACUUCUACGAGGAGAAAGAGGUUGAUCUGAGUGACAUCAUCAAUACCCCUCUGCCUCGAGUGCCCCUGGAUGUCUGCCUGAAAGCUCAUUGGCUGAGCAUUGAAGGCUGCCAGCCAGCUAUACCAGAGAAUCCACCCCCAGCUCCCAAAGAGCAGCAGAAGGCUGAGGCCACAGAACCCCUGAAGUCAGCAAAGCCAGGCCAGGAGGAAGAUGGACCCCUGAAGGGCAAAGGCCAAGGGGCUGCCCCAGCUGAUGGCAAAGGGAAAGAGAAGAAGGCACCUCCCUUGCUAGAGGGGGCCCCUUUGCGCUUGAAGCCCCGCAGCAUCCAUGAGCUGUCUGUGGAGCAGCAGCUGUACUAUAAGGAGAUCACUGAAGCCUGCGUGGGGUCGUGUGAGGCUAAGAGAGCGGAAGCUCUGCAGAGCAUUGCCACGGACCCAGGGCUCUAUCAGAUGCUGCCACGGUUCAGUACCUUCAUCUCUGAGGGGGUCCGUGUGAAUGUGGUUCAGAAUAACCUUGCCCUGCUCAUCUACCUAAUGCGCAUGGUGAAGGCGCUGAUGGACAACCCUACACUCUAUCUAGAAAAAUAUGUGCAUGAGCUUAUUCCAGCUGUGAUGACCUGCAUCGUGAGCAGACAGCUGUGCCUGCGACCUGAUGUGGACAAUCACUGGGCACUACGGGACUUUGCUGCCCGCCUGGUGGCCCAGAUAUGCAAGCAUUUCAGCACAACUACUAACAACAUUCAGUCCCGGAUCACCAAGACCUUCACCAAGGUUUAUUUUCCUUCUCUACAGAGCUGGGUGGAUGAGAAGACUCCCUGGACAACUCGUUAUGGCUCCAUUGCAGGCCUGGCAGAGCUGGGACACGAUGUGAUUAAGACUCUGAUUCUGCCACGGCUGCAGCAGGAAGGGGAGCGAAUCCGCAGCGUCUUGGAUGGCCCUGUGCUGAGCAACAUUGACCGCAUAGGAGCUGACCACGUGCAGAGCCUUCUCCUGAAACACUGUGCCCCUGUACUGGCUAAGCUGCACCCCCCACCUGACAAUCAGGAUGCCUAUCGGGCAGAAUUUGGGUCCCUUGGGCCCCUUCUCUGCUCCCAUGUGGUCAAGGCCCGGGCUCAAGCUGCUCUGCAGGCACAGCAGGUCAACAGGACCACACUGACCAUCACACAGCCCCGGCCCACGCUGACCCUCUCACAGGCCCCUCAGCCUGGCCCUCGGACCCCAGGCUUACUGAAGGUCCCUGGCUCCAUUGCACUGCCCGUCCAGACACUGGUGUCUGCUCGAGCUGCUGCCCCACCUCAGCCUUCUCCUCCUCCAACCAAGUUUAUCGUAAUGUCUUCUUCCUCCAGUGCCUCAUCCACCCAGCAGGUCCUGUCCCUCAGCACCUCAGCCCCUGGCUCAGGCUCCACCACUACCUCUCCAGUCACCACCACAGUCCCCAGUGUGCAGCCCAUUGUCAAGCUGGUCUCCACUGCCACCACUGCCCCACCCAGUACCACCCCCACUGGCCCUGGCAGUGUCCAGAAGUACAUUGUCGUCUCGCUCCCCCCAGCAGGGGAGGGUAAGGGAGGCCCCCCAUCCCAUCCCUCUCCAGUUCCUCCCUCAUCAUCUUCCCCCUCACCACUUGGGGGCAGUGCCCUCUGUGGAGGGAAACAGGAGGCUGGGGACAGCCCCCCUCCAGCUCCAGGGACUCCAAAGGCUAAUGGCUCUCAACCCCCUGGGUCAGGCUCCCCUCAGCCUGUUCCCUGACAAUGUCAUCCAUCUGUUGGCUGCCUCCUCCACGGAUUCCUACACAUGCACACACGCACGCCGGCUGGAAGAAGUAGUAGGCUGCUUCUCCCACAUGACUUUCUUUUUAGAUACUUUACAGUCAGUUUCUCAGAAUAAAAGUUUGAUUUGUAA